CCUCUAAACCCUAAGAAAGGUGGAGCCGCGGUGGCCCUUAACCACAACUGCUGCAGACGACACAUCUAUGAGAGGACAUGAUGGAUGCAGGGAGGUGGGAACUAGGUCUGAGUCACGUGUGGACAGGAUUGUGGGUGGGUGCUGCCCGUGCCAUCACCACUCAUGAAUUAUCUACCCGUGGCAUCACUACAUUAGUCUGGGCCACUCCUGAGGUUGAUCCCCCAGACCUCUCUGCUGACCUGGAAUGGAUUACAGCUGAUAACCGAGGGUCCAUUGACAAAGUCCGCAUAGUGAAGGUCCUUAUCAAGGAUGACCCAGACCAGGACAUCAGCCCAUAUUUCCCAGUGGUUGCGGAGGCUUUCAAAGAGUGUCGAGUGUGUGGCAAGAAUGGCAUGGCAGUGGUGUGCCGGGUAGGAGUGAGCAGAUCUGCAUCUCUGGCUCUUGCAGCACUUGUGGGACAAACUGAUUUAAAGCAGAUGACUCUUAGACAGGCCUACUAUACCAUCAAGGCUGCCAGGCCCUUCGUCAGACCCAACUAUGGAUUCUUCUCACAGCUGAUCACGUAUGAGACCGAGGUACGAGGACGAGCAACAGUAAUGAUGCAGGAUUCACCAUAUGAGGCUGGGGAGAAAGUUCCUGAUGUGUACCUAGAAGAGUUGAAGCAAAGUAUGGGUUCCACUUUCACCUCUUUCUUUCCCUUGUGACGGUGGGCUGCAGCAGGACUCAUACUGGUGGCUCUGCUGGCAUGGGCCCGGGCUACACCUUAACUAUACUUUCUCCUGACUUCUCAAUUCACAGAAACCAAAGGCUCAUGUAUUUAGCAUUAUUGUUACUGUUAUCAAUACACAGCUUUCACUUGUGUCCGAAUAUUCGUUCAUAGGAUGGUUGAUAUUUAUUCCUGAUAUUAUUCAUUUUAUUUAAGUGUUGAUAAUGUACAGUGGUACCCUGACUUACGAGUUUAAUUCAUUCCAUGACCAAGCUCGUAACUCAGUUUGCUCAUAUAUCAAAUCAAGUGGAAUUCCUGGCUCUCGGGAGGCAGGAGAAAAUACUUGAAUAUAACACUAAUGUCAACUCUGUGGCUUAUUUAUCUAUCACAAUUGAUUUGGUAUGACAUAAUAAACAAUACAAAUAACAGAAACAUGAUACAUACUCUAGAAUGAAUAAAAUAUCAUUAUGUGAUGAGUGGUGGCAGCCACUCUCAAGGUAAAAAUAAUUAUCGCUCUGACCAUAUCUUCCCAUUCAUGCUCUUCUGAGGUCUUAUUAUAAGAAAAAAUGGAGUGUUUGUUAGGCUAACUGCACUAGAUCACUAGUUUCAUUAGGAAAACACUGAAACAAAAGCAAUUUUCUUGUGUUUUUCUAUGAUUUCAUGCUUUAAUUCAGUGGACAUCAUCAUCCUCUUCUUCUCAGCACUGUCCUUUGCACUUACUUUCUUAGGACCCAUGGUUAGAAAAAAGAAAUUUGUUAAAAUAUGUAACUGCACAAAAAGCACAAAACGCUGGGAUGCUGGGCAGAUGUUGUGGCGUUUGCUGUGCCAGCUAAUGGCGGUGUAUCUGAAGCUUGCUUGUAACUUGGAUUUUGGCUCACAACUCAAAGCAAAAAAUUGACUGACUGGCGGCUCGUAACUCAUAAGUUGGGGCACUCGUAAGUCAAGGUACCACUGUAUUAUGAAAAUGCCAGUUAAUUUUUUAGCACACUGGUUAUCUCCCAAUAAGGUAGAGUGACCCAUAAAAAAAGAAACACAUUCACCAUCAUUCAUUCAGUAGCUGUCCUGCCAUAAGUAUUCAGACGUAAUAAUUCAAAUGAUCCUUCACACUGAAACAUUCCCAGGAAACCCCUCAUUUAGAAUGCAGGCACUGUACUUCUCACCUCCAGCAUAUGAGUCUAGCUAAUUGGUUUACCUGAUUCUCUUCAUAAAUGUUACUUUAGUUAAACUCCAAUAACAUGUCAAUCCAUAUAAUCAAAUUAUCUCCAUUCACAAGCCUGCUGGAUGCUCAAGCCCCUAGCACUCAAAGCCUACUUUACCCCUUAACUCCAGCCCUUCCUAGGAUGACCCCUGCUCCUCCUUCCUUCCAGUUCUGAUUUAUGCACUCUGUUGGUCAUCCUGUUCUGCUCCAUCCUCUAAAUUCUCAUCCCACCUCAUCACUCUGAAUUAUAUAUUUGGUAACCCCACACCAUAUAGUUUCUGUGCUCAAAAUUUUCUACAUAAUUAUACGACACAUUGCCUCAAACAUGAUGUCUCUGCUGCCUUCAGCCUCCUUGCUCCAAAUUUUAAAGCUGAUGUUUCACACCCAUGUAACAGUGUUAGUACCACUGUACUUGGGCAUAUCCCCUUCAUAGAUAAAGUUUUUUUUGUCUCCUCAGAUACCUCAGUGAUUAUCCAACAAUUGAUUAUUUUGUAGUUUACAUUAUCCAGCAGUCUUGUUUGAUGUAGUUAGUGCUAAGAAGGACUGUUUAAGAAAAAGGAGCCAUACACAGGUGAUGUGUUCCUCUCUGGAAAGGUUGAAAUUCCAUCACCACCUCUUUUCCUGAGAGGGCUGGAUAAUUGAUGAUUUACUGUACCUACAUAUCUCACUCGUUCCUGAUGUCAUUGUGGUGUAUUCAUUAAAACUUGUAAAGUUAUAACUGCCAAGACAGAAUAUGAAACCUCAGUAUAAAGCAGAGGUUAUUGAGCAGUGAAUACAGUAUUAACAGUUUUAUUAAAGCUGUGAAAAAUUUGCUUGGUAUUUUGCCUUCGACUAUAUACAGUAGUUUAUUAUUAAAAAUGUUUAAUACUGUAACAUCUGUCAGUAAUAUAUAUGAACUCUCAUAUGUGUUUCGAUAUGAUUUAACAAGUUUUCUUUCUUGAAUCCUUAUAAUUUUUUUUUUUUACUUUAUCUGUGCAUAUUUUUGUUAAUUCUGUUUUCUGUCAACAGUUCUUGCAUGGACUUUGGAGUUUCUAUAUAUACUCAAGUUAUUGUCUUACCAUAACAUUUCUUUGUGUUUAUUCUGUUUGUUUUAUAAAGCUAUUCUUACUGAUAAAGUAUUUAUCCAUCAUUCUGUAACCUGCAAUAUACCUGGAGGGUAUACAUGGAGGAUUGUUUCAGGGGUCAGUGCCCCUGUGGCUCAGUCCAUGCCUUAUACACAUUCUGAUAAUAUUGCCUUGUCUUUCUCCCUUUUCAUUUUUGCAAACCUUUUAUAAUCAUUGUGAACAUGCUAGUAGAUUCAGGGAAUUCGCUAUUUUUCUGUCUUGUUUCUUAAUCACUUCUCUCUGGUUUUUGUUUUCUUCACAAAAACUUACCAGUUCUUAGGAAUUGCCAUGGGUAAAUAAAGUGCAGGUUUUUCUUGUUUGUAUGCUCUUUUUGCCUUUUUUUUUAUUUUGAAUAUGCAGAAAUGUGUACAAAAAAAAAUAAAAACUUUCUAAAAUAAAUUUAUAAUACUGCAUAAUAAUGAUAUAUUGUAUAAUAAUAACUAAAUGUAUAUUUUUGUGUAGACAGUGGCUCAGAAGUGGUGAUAUUUUUGGAGGUGCCAAUUAUUUUUCAAGUUUUUGUGAUAGAGCAUAUAUUUUUGGUAUGGAAUGGGAACUAUAUUGUGUUGCAUAUAAUAUAUGGAUGAUAUUUUAGUGAUGAGAGAAGACUAAUUAGCAUAUAAUGAGUAAUAGAUUUAGAUGUUAUCAAAAGAUCAUUUAAAAAUUAAUGCAUAUGAUGAUUAGUAGAGAUACAUUGGAAAAUAAUCAUUGAAUAUAUGUUGCCAAAUAGAUUGCUUCCAAGGAAGUGAGGGCUAGUGGUCAGUUGUCAGGAGGAGCUGUGAUUAGCAGUUAUGUGCAUUUCUUCAUUGAAUUGUUGUAUUUUCAAUACACCACUGUGAAGCACUGUUUUGGAUUACUUUGGGAAUGUUGUAAAAUUAUUGUUUACAUAUAAACCUUGAUGUGAA